AUGGUGGCGGGGAUGCUGAUGCCGCUGGAGCGGCUCCGCUCCAUCCUGGAGCUGCUGUUCCGCGAGGGUGUUCUGGUCGGGGAGCGGGACGGGUGCCCCCGGCGCACCCACCCGCAGCUGCCCGGUGUGGCCAACGUGGAGGUCCGGCGUGCCAUGGCCUCGCUGCGCUCCCGCGGCCUCGUGCGCCAGACGGCGGCCUGGCGACACCUCUACUGGUACCUGACGGACGCCGGCGUCGCCCACCUGCGACAGUACCUGCGGCUGCCGCCCGACGUGGUCCCGCGCUCCCUGCAGCGCGUCCCACGCCCCGCAGCCCCCCGAGUCGAGCCCCGCCGCGCCGCCGCCACCGCCGGCACCCAGCGGGCCCGUCCGGCUGCCGGUGACCGCCUGUACCGCAGGAAGGACGAGGGCGAGCGGCACGUGGAGCCCGUCGCCGUCAGCGCGGGGCAGGGGGUGUCCCAGCCGCCCCCCCAGCCCAGCCCGGCCACAGAUGAGCGAGAUCGUGUCCAGAAGAAAACCUUCACCAAAUGGGUCAACAAGCACCUUAUCAAGGCGCAGCGCCAUGUCAACGACCUGUACGAGGACCUGCGGGACGGGCACAACCUCAUCUCGCUGCUGGAGGUGCUGUCGGGUGACACCCUGCCCCGCGAGAAGGGCCGGAUGCGCUUCCACAAGCUGCAGAAUGUCCAGAUCGCCCUCAACUACCUGAAGCAUCGGCAGGUGAAGCUGGUGAACAUCCGGAACGAUGACAUCGCCGAUGGCAAUCCCAAACUGACCCUGGGGCUCAUCUGGACCAUCAUCCUCCACUUCCAGAUCUCGGACAUCCAGGUGACCGGGCAGUCGGAGGACAUGACGGCCAAGGAGAAGCUGCUGCUGUGGUCGCAGCGCAUGGUGGAGGAUUACCAGGGCCUGCGCUGCGACAACUUCACCACCAGCUGGCGGGACGGGCGCCUCUUCAACGCCAUCAUCCACCGGCACAAGCCAAUGCUGAUCGACAUGAGCCGGGUGUACCGCCAGAGCAACCUGGAGAACCUGGACCAGGCCUUCACCGUGGCCGAGCGGGACCUGGGGGUCACGCGGCUGCUGGACCCUGAAGACGUGGACGUGGCGCAGCCGGAUGAGAAGUCCAUCAUCACCUACGUGUCCUCGCUGUACGACGCCAUGCCCCGCGUGCCCGAGGUGCAGGACGGCGUCAAGGCCAACGAGCUGCAGCUGCGCUGGCAGGAGUACUACGAGGUGGUGACAGGGCUGCUGCAGUGGAGCCGGCAGCACUCGGCGCUCUUCGAGGAGCGGCGCCUCCCGGCCAGCUACGAGGAGAUCGAGAUCCUCUGGCGCCAGUUCCUCAAGUUCAAGGAGACGGAGCUGCCGGCUCGGGAGGCCGACAAGAACCGCUCCAAAGUCAUCUUCCAGGCGCUGGAGGGCGCGGUGCAGUCGGGCCAGCUGAAGGUGCCCCCCGGGUACCACCCUCUGGACGUGGAGAAGGAGUGGGGGCGGCUGCACGUGGCGGUGCUGGAGCGGGAGAAGCUGCUGCGGGCGGAGUUCGAGAGGCUGGAGCGGCUGCAGCGCGUGGUCACCAAGCUGCAGAUGGAGUCGGGGCUGUGCGAGGAGCAGCUGAACCAGGCGGAUGCUCUGCUGCAGGCAGACAUUCGGCUGCUGGCGGCCGGGAAGGCGCCGCAGAAGGCGGCGGAGGUGGAGCGGGACCUGGACAAGGCGGAUGCCAUGAUCCGGCUGCUCUUCAACGACGUGCAGAGCCUCAAGGACGGGCGGCACCCGCAGGGCGAGCAGAUGUACCGUCGCGUGUACCGCCUCCACGAGCGCCUGGUGUCCAUCCGCACCGAGUACAACCUGCGCCUCAAGUCGGGGGCGCCGGUGACAGCGGGGCCGGCGGUGACAGCGGGGACAGCCGUGACCGUGACCUCGGCCCAGCGGCGGCCGGAGCCGGACGAGGCCCCGCUGCGCUACCUGCAGGAGCUGCUGGCCUGGGUGGAGGAGAACCAGCGGCGAGUGGCCACGGCCGAGUGGGGCGCGGACCUGCCCACCGUGGAGACGCACCUGGGCGCUCACCGCGGGCUGCACCGCGCCAUCGAGGAGUUCCGGGCCAAGGUGGAGCGGGCACGGGCUGACGAGAGCCAGCUGUCCCCCGGCCCCGUGGGCGCGUACCGGGAGGGUCUAGGCAAGCUGGAGCUGCAGUACGCCAAGCUGCUGAACUCCUCCAAGUCCCGGCUGCGGCACCUGGAAAGCCUGCACGGCUUCGUCAGCGCCGCCACCAAGGAGCUGCUGUGGCUGAGCGAGCGCGAGGAGGAGGAGGUGGCCUUCGACUGGAGCCACAACAACCCCGCCAUGGCCGCCAAGAAGGAGAGCUACUCGGCGCUGAUGCGGGAGCUGGAGCUGCGCGAGCGGCGGAUCCAGGAGCUGCAGAGCUCGGGGGAGCGGCUGCUGCGGGAGGAGCACCCGGGGGCGCAGACUCUGGAGGCGUUCCUGGCCGCGCUGCAGACGCAGUGGAGCUGGAUGCUGCAGCUCUGCUGCUGCAUCGAGACGCACCUGAAGGAGAACACCAACUACUUCCAGUUCUUCUCCGAGGUGCACGAGGCCGAGGAGCUGCUGCGGAAGACGGAGGAGACGAUGCGGCGCAAGUUCAGCUGCGACCGCGGCACCACGGCCACGCGCCUGGAGGACCUGCUGCAGGACCUGGCGGAGCAGAAGGAGCAGCUGGCGGAGCUGGGGGCGCAGCUGGGGGGUCUCUCCCGCCGUGCCAGGACCAUCGUGCAGCUGAAGCCCCGUAGCCCCUCGACCCCCCUGCAGGGCCGGCCCCCCAUCCAGGCCGUGUGCGACUACAAACAGAUGGAGGUGACGCUGCACAAGAACGACACGUGUGCCCUGCUGAGCCACGCGCAGCCCCAGCAGUGGCGGGUGCAGAGCCCCGCGGGCGCCGAGGCCGUGGUGCCCUCGGUCUGCUUCCUCCUGCCGCCCCCCAACAAGGAGGCUCUGGACGCCGUGCACAGGCUGGAGAGCGUGCACCAGCAGCUGCAGGGGCUGUGGCAGCAGCUGCACCGGGACCUGCGCAGCCUCCGCGCCUGGCAGUGCCUGACCCGCGACAUGCAGCAGAUCCAGUCCUGGACGCACGUCACGUUCCGCACGCUGCCGGCCGAGGAGACGCGCCAGGUGCUGGCCAGCCUGGAGAGGCACUACCAGGAGUUCCUGCGGGACAGCCAGGACGCGCAGAGCUUCCAGCCCGACGAGCGGCGCCAGCUGGAGCGCGACUACAACGCCUGCACCCACAAGUACGAGCUGCUGCUGCGCAGCCACGAGAAAGGCGAGCAGGACGAGUCCCUGUGCAGGAGCUACAUCUCGCAGCUGAAGGACAUCCGGCUGCAGCUGGAGAGCUGCGAGAGCCGCACCGUGCAUCGCCUGCGCCUGCCCCUCGAGGCCGACCCCCUGCGCGAGUGCGCGCAGCGCCAGGCUGAGCAGCAGCAAACGCACCUGGAGCUGGAGGGCAUCCAGAAGAACCUGAACAAGGUCAGCGAGAAGACGGAGCAGGUGCUGGCGCAGCCGGAGCAGGCGAGCUCGGCGCCCGUGCUGCGCUCCGAGCUGGAGGUGACCCUGCGGAAGAUGGAGCAGGUGUACAGCCUGUCCAGCAUCUACCUGGAGAAGCUCAAGACCAUCGGGCUGGUGAUCCGCAGCACGCAGGGGGCCGAGGAGCUGCUCCGCAAGUACGAGGAGCAGCUGAAGGACGUGCAGGCGGUGCCGGCUGACCUGGCCGAGCUGGAGGCCAGCAAGGCUGAGCUGAAGCGGCUGCGAGCCGAGGCCGAGAGCCACCAGCCCUUCUUCAGCACACUGGAGACCGACCUGGGCAAGGCCAAGGACGUGAACGAGCGCAUGGUGCGCGGGCACAGCGAGCGCGACGUGGACCUGGAGCGCUACCGGGAGCGCGUGCAGCAGCUGCUGGAGCGCUGGCAGGCCGUGCUGGGCCAGGCCGACCUGCGCCAGCGCGAGCUGGACCAGCUGGGCCGCCAGCUGCGCUACUACCGGCAGAGCUGCGACGCGCUGCGCCAGUGGAUCCGCGACGCCCGGCAGCGCCAGGAGGCCAUCCAGGCCGUGCCCAUCACCGACAGCCAGGCUGUGCGCCAGCAGCUGCUGCAGGAGAAGAAACUGCUGGAGGAGUGUGAGCAGCACAAGGACAAGGUGGAGGAGUGCCAGCGCUACGCCAAGCAAUACAUCGAUGCCAUCAAGGACUACGAGCUGCAGCUGGUGAGCUUCAAGGCACAGGUGGAGCCGGUGGCAUCGCCGGCCAAGAAGCCCAAAGUGCAGUCGGCGUCGGACAGCAUCAUCCAGGAGUACGUGGACCUGCGGACGCAGUUCAGUGAGCUGACCACGCUCACCACCCAGUACAUCAAGUUCAUCACCGAGACGCUGCGGCGGCUGGAGGACGAGGAGAAAGCCGCCGAGAAGCUGAAAGAGGAGGAGAGGAAGCGGCUGGCGGAGGUGGAGGCGCAGCUGGAGAAGCAGCGGCAGCUGGCCGAGGCCCACGCCAAAGCCAAGGCGCAGGCAGAGGCGGAGGCGCGGGAGCUGCAGCUCCGCAUGCAGGAGGAGGUCACCCGGCGGGAGGUGGUGGCCGUGGAUGCCGAGCAGCAGAAGCAGAACAUCCAGCAGGAGCUGAUGCAGCUGCGGCAGAACUCGGACCACCAGAUCAAGGCCAAGGUGAAGCUGAUCGAGGAGGCUGAAUACAACCGCAAGAAGGUGGAGGAGGAGAUCCGCCUCAUCCGCCUGCAGCUGGAGAGCACCGAGAAGCAGCGGGAGGGCGCAGAGACAGAGCUGCAGGAGCUGCGGGCGCGUGCUGAGGAGGCCGAGCGGCAGAAGCGGCAGGCACAGGAGGAGGCCGAGCGCCUGCGCCGGCAGGUGAAGGAGGAGAGCCAGAAGAAGCGGGAGGCGGAGGAGGAGCUGAAGCGCAAGGUGCAGGCCGAGCGCGAAGCGGCGCGGGAGAAGCAGAAGGCGGUGGCAGACCUGGAGCAGCUGCGGCUGCAGGCGGAGGAGGCUGAGCGACGCAUGCGGCAGGCAGAGGCUGAGAAGGACCGGCAGAUCCAGGUGGCCCAGGAGGUGGCCCAGCGCAGUGCUGAGGCCGAGCUGCAGAGCAAGAGGCUCUCUUUCGCCGAGAAGACGGCGCAGCUGGAGCUGUCGCUGCAGCAGGAGCACGAUGUGGUGGCCCAGCUGCAGGAGGAGGCUGAGCGGCUGAAGAAGCAGCAGCUGGAGGCCGAGCGCUCGCGGGAGGAGGCUGAGAAGGAGCUGGAGCGCUGGCGGCAGAAGGCCAACGAGGCGCUGCGCCUGCGCUUGCAGGCCGAAGAGGUGGCCCACAAGAAGUCGCUGGCACAGGAGGAGGCCGAGAAGCAGAAGGAGGACGCGGAGCGCGAGGCCCGCAAGCGCGCCAAGGCAGAGGAGGCGGCCCUGCGGCAGAAGGAGCUGGCGGAGGAAGAGCUGGAAAAGCAGCGGGAGCUGGCGGAGGGCACAGCCCAGCAGAAGCUGGCGGCGGAGCAGGAGCUGAUCCGGCUGAAGGCCGAGAUGGAGAACGGGGAGCAGCAGCGCCUGCUCCUGGAGGAAGAGCUCUCGCGGUUGAAGGGGGAGGUGAACGAGGCCAUGCAGAGGAGGAAAGAGCUGGAGGAGGAGCUGGCCAAGCUGCGGGCAGAGAUGGAGGUCCUGCUGGAGAGCAAGGCCAAGACGGAGGAGGAGUCACGCUCCAGCAGCGAGAAGUCCAAGCAGCAGCUGGAGGCCGAGGCCAACAAGCUGCGGGAGCUGGCCGAGGAGGCCGCCCGCCUGCGUGCCAUCUCUGAGGAGGCCAAGCGGCAGCGGCAGCUGGCAGAGGACGAGGCCAGCCGGCAACGGGCCGAGGCUGAGCGCAUCCUGAAGGAGAAGCUGGCGGCCAUCAACGAGGCCUCACGGCUGAAAGCGGAGGCGGAGAUCGCGCUGAAGGAGAAGGAGGCGGAGAACGAGCGGCUGCGGCGGCUGGCGGAGGAUGAGGCCUACCAGCGCAAGCUGCUGGAGGAGCAGGCAGCCCAGCACAAGCAGGACAUCGAGGAGAAGAUCGCCCUGCUGAAGCGCUCCUCAGAGAGCGAGCUGGAGAGGCAGAAGGGGCUUGUGGAGGACACCCUGCGGCAGCGGCGACAGGUGGAGGAGGAGAUCCGCGCCCUCAAGGCCAGCUUCGAGAGGGCCUCAGCUGGCAAGAGCGAGCUGGAGCGGGAGCUGAACCGCAUCCGUGGGGAAGCAGAGGAGGUGCAGCGCAGCCGGGAGCAGGCGGAGCGGGAGGCUGAGCGGCAGCGGGCGCUGGCGCUGGAGGAGGAGGGCCGGCGGCGUGAGGCUGAAGAGAAGGUGCAGGCCAUCCUGGCGGCAGAGGAGGAGGCUGGGCGGCAGCGGCGGCAGGCCCUGGAGGAGGUGGAGCGGCUGCGGGCCAUGGUGGAGGAGGCGCGGCGGCAGAAGGAGCUGGCGGAGAAGGAGUCGGAGCGGCAGAUCCAGCUGGCGCGGGAGGCAGCGCAGAAGCGGAUUGCGGCGGAGGAGAAGGCGCACCUGGCUGCCGUGCAGCAGAAGGAGCAGGAGCUGCUGCAGACUCGCCAGCAGGAGCAGAGCCUCCUGGACCGGCUGCGCGAGGAGGCCGAGCGGGCCCGGCGGGCAGCUGAAGAGGCCGAGUUUGCCCGUGGCAAGGCUGAGCAGGACGCCACCUUGUCCCGGCAGCGCGUGGAAGAGGCCGAGCGGCUGAAGCAGCGGGCAGAGGAGGAGGCGCAGGCCAAGGCACAGGCACAGGCGGAUGCAGAGAAGCUGCGGAAGGAGGCCGAGCUGGAGGCGGCCAAACGGGCGCAGGCGGAGCAGGCGGCCCUGCGGCAGAAGCAGCUGGCCGACGCCGAGAUGGAGAAGCACAAGAAGUUCGCUGAACAGACGCUGCGGCAGAAGGCGCAGGUGGAGCAGGAGCUGACCAAGGUGAAGCUGCAGCUGGAUGAGACCGACCACCAGAAGGGCAUCCUGGACGAGGAGCUGCAACGUCUGAAGGAGGAGGUGACAGACGCUGUCCGGCAGAAGGCCCAGGUGGAGGAGGAGCUCUUCAAGGUCCGGGUGCAGAUGGAGGAGCUGGCCAAGCUGAAGAGCCGCAUUGAGGAGGAGAACAAGGCACUGAUCCUCAAGGACAAGGACAACACGCAGAAGUUCCUGGCAGAGGAGGCAGAGAAGAUGAAGCAAGUGGCAGAGGAGGUGGCCCGGCUGAGCGUGGAGGCACAGGAGGCCGCCCGCAUGCGGCAGCUGGCCGAGGACGACCUGGCACAGCAGCGGGCGCUGGCAGAGAAGAUGCUGAAGGAGAAGAUGCAGGCGGUGCAGGAGGCCACGCGGCUGCGGGCUGAGGCCGAAAUGCUGCAGAAGCAGAAGGAUCUGGCACAGGAACACGCCAAGAAGCUGCAGGAGGACAAGGAGCAGAUGCAGCAGCGCCUGGCUGAGGAGACCGAGGGCUUCCAGAAGACACUGGAGGCCGAGCGCCGGCGGCAGCUGGACAUCACGGCCGAGGCCGAGCGCCUCAAGCUGCAAGUGGCCGAGAUGAGCAUGGCCCAGGCCAAGGCUGAGGAGGAAGCCAAGCGGUUCAAGAAGCAGGCGGAGGAGAUCAGUGAGAGGCUGCACGAGACUGAGCUGGCCACACAGGAGAAGAUGACAAUGGUGCACACCCUGGAGAUCCAGCGGCACCAGAGCGAUGAGGACGCGGAAAAGCUGCGGCAGGCCAUCGCUGACCUGGAGAAGGAGAAGGAGAAGCUGAAGCAGGAGGCGGCGCUGCUGCAGCAGAAGGCAGAGGAGAUGCAGGUGGCCCAGCAGGCUCAGCUCCGUCAGGAGACGCAGCUCCUCCAGCAGAGCUUCCUGACGGAGAAAGAUGCCCUGCUGCAGAAGGAGAAGCUCAUUGAGGAGGAGAAAUCGAAGCUGGAGAAGCUCUUUAAGGAUGAGGUGAACAAAGCCCAGAACCUGAAGGCAGAGCAGGAGCGGCAGCAGCAGGAGAUGGAGCAGGAGAAGCAGCAGUUGAAAGCUAUGUUGGACGAAGCCAAGAAGCAUCAGAAGGAAGCUGAGGAAAACGUUCGGCACAAGCAGGAGGAGCUACAGCAGCUGGAGAGACAGCGACAGCAGCAGGAGAAACUUCUGGAAGAAGAGAACAAGAAGCUGAGGGAGAGGCUGGAGCAGAUGCAGGAGGAGUACAAGGCUGCCCUGGCCCAGAGACGGGAGAUCAUGAUCCAGACAGACGACCUGCCUGGGGAGGCGGUUACGACAACGCAGCUGCUGGACAUCAAGGCUGUGCCCAACGGCCGGGAUGCAAUGGACGGCUUAGCCCAGAACGGGGAGCCGGAGUUCGCCUUUGACGGCAUCCGGCAGAAGGUGUCAGCAGAGAAGCUGGCUGAUGCCGGCAUUCUGAGCAGGGACAGCUUAGACAAGUUGGCGAAGGGUGUUGUGAGCGUGGGUGAACUCUCUCAGAGGGAGGAUGUCAGGAAGUACCUGCAGGGCAAGAGCAGCAUUGCCGGCUUGCUGAUCAAACCCUCCAACCAGAAGAUGAGCAUCUACGAGGCCAUGAAGAAGAAGCUGCUCAGCCCAGGCACAGCACUGGUGCUCCUGGAGGCGCAGGCUGCUUCUGGUUUCAUCAUUGACCCUGUGCACAACGCGAGGCUCUCGGUGAACGAAGCAGUGCGGGAGGGAGUGAUCGGGCCGGAGCUGCACAACAAGAUGCUGUCGGCCGAGCGCGCUGUCACCGGCUAUAAGGACCCGUACACGGGCGACAAGAUCUCCCUGUUCCAGGCCAUGCAGAAGGAUCUCAUUGUCAGGGAUCACGGCAUCCGCCUGCUCGAGGCCCAGAUCGCCACCGGCGGCAUCAUCGACCCUGUCAACAGCCACCGCCUGCCCGUGGAAGCUGCCUACAAGCGCGGCUACUUCGAUGAGGAGAUGAACCAGGUCCUGUCCGACCCCACUGAUGACACCAAGGGCUUCUUCGACCCCAACACUCAGGAGAACCUCACCUACCUGCAGCUCAUGGAGCGGUGCGUGACUGACCCCGACACAGGGCUGUGCCUCCUGCCUCUCACUGACCAAGCAGCCAAAGCUGGAGAGCUGGUCUACACUGACAAGGAAGCCAAGGAUGUCUUCAAGAAGGCCACAGUGACAGCGCCGUUCGGCAAGUUCCAAGGCAAGACCAUGACCAUCUGGGAGCUCAUCAACUCUGAAUACUUCACCGAGGACCAAAGGCGGGACCUGAUCCAGCAGUACAGGACUGGCAAGAUCACAGUGGAGAAGAUCAUCAAGAUCGUCAUCACAGUUGUGGAGGAAAGUGAGAAGAAGAGCCAGAUGUGCUUUGAGGGGCUGCGGGGCCCCGUGCCCGCUGCCGAGCUGCUCGAGAGCAAGAUCAUCAACAAGGACCUCUACAACCAGCUGCACCAGGGCAAGAAGUCCGUAAAGGAUGUGGCCGAGAUGGAGUCCGUGCGGCAGUACCUGAAGGGCACGGAUGCCAUCGCCGGCGUCCUGGUGGAGUCUACGGGCCAGAAGUUCACCUUUUACGAGGCCCUGAAGAGAAACCUGCUGAAACCAGAGGUUGCCCUGCCCCUGCUGGAGGCUCAAGCUGCCACCGGCUACAUCAUCGACCCUGUGGGUAACAAGCUCUUCUCUGUGGAUGAGGCAGUGAAGGCCGAGGUGGUGGGGCCAGAGUUCCAUGAGAAGCUGCUGUCGGCAGAGAAGGCAGUGACUGGCUACAAGGAUCCCUACACAGGUCAGACGGUUUCCCUCUACCAAGCACUCCAGAAGGGCCUCAUCCCCAGUGAUACUGGACUCCGACUGCUGGACGUCCAGCUGGCCACCGGUGGCAUUAUCGACCCUGUCAACAGCCACCGGCUCCCGCUUGAGGUCGCCUACAAGCGCGGCUACUUCGACCCAGAGAUAAACAAGGCUCUGGCUGAGUUCCAAGACGAUGCCAAGGCUUUCUACUGUCCCAACACCCAGGAGCACCUCACCUAUACCCAGCUGCAGAAGACUUGCCACCGUGACAAGCAGACUGGCCUGUGCCUGCUGCCGCUGUCCGACGAGGCGAUCCAGUCCCAGCAGGAGGAGGUCUACACCGACAGCCAGGCCAAGGAGUGCUUUGACAAAGCCACCAUAGAGGUGCCGGUGGGCAGCAUGAAGGGCCAGACAAUGACCAUCUGGGAGCUGAUCCACUCUGAGUACUUCACAGAGGAGCACAGGCGGGAGCUGCUCCGGCAGUACAAGACAGGCAAAGUCACCAUCGAGAAGAUCAUCAAGAUUGUGAUCACCAUCAUCGAGGAGGCAGAGACCAAAAAGCAGGAGAAGCUGACGUUCAGUGGUCUGCGGGCACCGGUGCCGGCCAGCGAGCUGCUGGAGUCCUGCAUCAUCAGCAAAACCCAGUACGAGCAGCUGAAGGAUGGCAAGAAAUCGGUGAAGGACCUCUCUGAGACCGAUGCGGUGAGGAGAUUCCUGCAUGGCAGUGACUGCAUUGCUGGUGUCUAUGUGGAGGCUACCAAGGAGAAGCUGAACAUCUACGAGGCCAUGAAGAGGAACCUGCUGAGGCCCAGCACUGCCGUGAUCCUGCUGGAGGCCCAGGCAGCCACCGGGUUCUUGAUCGACCCCGUGAAGAACCGCAAGCUGUACGUCAACGAGGCGGUGAAGGCUGGCAUUGUCGGGCCUGAGCUGCACGAGAAGCUGCUGUCGGCUGAGAAAGCUGUCACGGGCUACAAGGAUCCCUACUCGGGUGAUACCAUCUCCCUGUUCCAGGCCAUGAAGAAAGGGCUGAUUGUCAAGGAGCACGGCAUCCGCCUGCUCGAGGCCCAGAUCGCCACCGGCGGCAUCAUCGACCCCGUGCACAGCCACCGCCUGCCCGUGGAUGUGGCCUACAAGCGCGGCUACUUCGAUGAGGAGAUGAACCGGACCCUCUCCGACCCCACUGAUGACACCAAGGGGUUCUUCGACCCCAACACUCAGGAGAACCUCACCUACCGGCAGCUGAAGGAGAGGUGCAUCGAGGAUCCCGAGACGGGGCUGUACCUGCUGCCUCUGCGGGAGCCUGAGAAGCCGAAAGUGGUGGAAACCACUCACAUGUACACAGAAGCAGAGACACGCAAGGUGUUUGAGGAGACGCAGGUGGACAUCCCUGUGGGCAGCCGGGCAGGCUCCUCCAUGUCGCUCUGGGAGAUCAUGCACUCGGACCUGCUGCCCGAGGAGCAGCGCAAACAUCUCAUGGAGGAGUUCCAGUCGGGCCGCGUGUCCAAGGAGCGCAUGAUCAUCAUCAUCAUCGAGAUCAUUGAGAAGACCGAGAUCAUCCGGCAGCAGAAUCUCACAUCCUAUGACUACAUCCGGCGCCGCAUCACAGCCGAGGACCUCUACGAGGCCAGGAUUAUCUCACAGGACAUCUACAACCUGCUGAAACAGGGCUCCAAAACCUUCCGGGAGCUCCUGGACGUGGAGACUGUCUGGAAGUACCUUUAUGGCUCAGGCUGCGUGGCUGGCAUCUACAUCCCCUCCUCCAAGCAGACACUCAGCAUCUACCAGGCGCUGAAGAAGGGGCUGAUCAACCCUGAAGUGGCCCGCUCCCUCCUGGAGGCCCAGGCAGCCACCGGCUUCAUGAUCGACCCCACGAAGAAUGAAAUGCUGACUGUCGAUGAGGCAGUGAGGAAGGGCGUGGUGGGGCCAGAGAUCCACGACCGGCUCCUGUCCGCAGAGAGGGCCGUGACCGGCUACAGAGACCCGUACAGCGAACAGAAGAUUUCCCUCUUCCAGGCCAUGAAGAAGGAUCUCAUUCCCAGCGAAGAGGCCCUCAAGCUCCUGGACGCCCAGAUCGCCACCGGUGGCGUCGUUGACCCGCACUUGGGCUUCCACCUGCCCCUGGAGGUGGCCUACCAGCGGGGCUUCAUCAACAAGGAGACGUACGACAUGCUGUCAGAGCCCAGCGAGGUGCGCAGCUACGUGGACCCCUCCACAGAUGAGAAGCUCAGCUACACGCAGCUGCUGCGGCGCUGCCGCAAGGACGAGAGCUCCGGGCUCCUCCUGCUCCCGCUCUGCGACACACGGAAGCUCACGUUCCGGGGGCUGCGGAAGCAGAUCACCGUGGAGGAGCUGGUCCUUUCGCAGGUGAUGGAUGAAGCCACAGCCCAGCGCCUCCAGGAAGGCCUCACCUCUGUCGAGGAGGUCUCUCAGAACCUGAAGAAGUUCCUGGAGGGCACCAGCUGCAUCGCUGGCGUCUUCGUGGACUCCACAAAGGAGCGUCUGUCCAUCUACCAGGCCAUGAAGAAGGGGAUCAUCCGGCCCGGCACUGCCUUCGAGCUCCUGGAGGCGCAGGCGGCCACGGGCUACGUGAUUGACCCCAUCAAGGGCCUCAAGCUGACGGUGGAGGAAGCCGUGCGCAUGGGCAUCGUGGGCCCCGAGUUCAAGGACAAGCUGCUCUCUGCCGAGAGGGCCGUCACCGGCUACCGGGACCCCUACACCGGCAAGCUCAUCUCGCUCUUCCAGGCUAUGAAGAAGGGUCUGAUCCUGAAGGACCACGGGAUCCGCCUGCUGGAGGCCCAGAUUGCCACCGGGGGCAUCAUUGACCCCGAGGAGAGCCACCGCCUGCCCGUGGAGGUGGCCUACAAGAGGGGCCUCUUUGACGAGGAGAUGAACGAGAUCCUGCUGGACCCCAGUGACGACACCAAGGGCUUCUUCGACCCCAACACGGAGGAGAACCUCACCUACCUGCAGCUCAUGGAGCGCUGCAUCACGGACCCGGAGACCGGCCUCUGCCUCCUGCCUCUGAAGGAGAAGAAGAGAGAGAGGAAGACCUCGUCCAAGUCCUCUGUCCGCAAGCGCCGGGUGGUGAUCGUGGACCCAGAGACAGGCAAGGAGAUGUCCGUAUAUGAAGCCUAUCGCAAGGGCCUCAUUGACCACCAGACUUACCUGGAGCUGUCAGAGCAGGAGUGCGAGUGGGAGGAGAUCACCACCUCCUCCUCCGACGGCGUGGUGAAGUCAAUGAUCAUCGACAGGCGCUCGGGGCGCCAGUAUGACAUCGAUGAUGCCAUCGGCAAGGGGCUGAUUGACCAGUCAGCCCUGGACCAGUACCGCUCGGGCACCCUCUCCAUCACCGAGUUUGCCGACAUGCUCUCUGGCAACAUGGGUGGCUUCCGGUCGCGGUCGUCCUCAGUUGGAUCCUCCUCCUCCUACACUGUCAGCCCAGCCCUGUCACGGACCCAGAUCUCCAUGUGGACUGACCCAACUGAAGAGACCGGGCCGGUGGCUGGCAUCCUGGACACGGACACGCUGGAGAAGGUGUCCAUCACCGAGGCCAUGCGCCGCAACCUGGUGGACAACAUCACAGGGCAGCGGCUGCUGGAGGCCCAGGCCUGCACCGGCGGCAUCAUCGACCCCAACACCGGUGACAAAUGCACCGUCGCCGACGCGGUCACCAAGGGCCUGGUUGACAAGAUCAUGGUGGACCGCAUCAACCUGGCGCAGAAGGCCUUCUACGGCUUCGAGGACCCGCGGACCAAGACGAAGAUGUCGGCGGCGCAGGCGCUGAAGAAGGGCUGGCUGUACUACGAGGCCGGGCAGCGGUUCCUGGAGGUGCAGUACUUGACGGGGGGCCUGAUCGAGCCUGACGCCCCGGGCCGUGUCUCCCUGGACGAGGCGCUGCAGAAGGGCACCAUUGACGCACGGACUGCCCAGAAGCUGCGCGAUGUCAACACCUAUUCCAAGUACCUCACCUGCCCCAAGACCAAGCUCAAGAUCUCCUACAAGGACGCCAUGGACCGGAGCAUGAUCGAGGAUGGGACCGGCCUGCGGCUGCUGGAGGCCUCCUCCCAGUCCAGCAAGGGCUACUACAGUCCCUACAACAUCAGCAGCGCCGGCUCCACCUCCGGGUCACGCUCGGGCUCCCGCACCGGCUCCCGCUCAGGCUCCCGGCGCGGCAGCUUCGACGCCACUGGCUCCAGCUUCUCCAUGACCUUCUCUUCCUCCUCCUACUCCUCGAGUUUCGGGCGCAGAUACGCAGGGGGUACCCAGGGCACCGUGGAGGUGGCUGCCCUUGCCCUCGCCCUGGCCGCAUCCAGAAGCUGCGGGUGGGAGGCGAGCCGGGAGUGCCCCGGGGUGUGCGGGCCCCUGCUCCACGUGGCCUGCCCCCGCACCCCAAAGGAGGAGACUGCCUUGGCCCCGCGGUGCACCCACCCUACUGCAGCCGAUGUGCCAGAGGAGGACGUAGCGGGCUCCUCGGCACUGGACAGCCAGCCACACCACACCAGCCCUGAAGCUGCUGCCUGGAUCCCUUCCACUCCUCGGUGCAGCGAGGAGGGGGCUCUGCACCCCUGCCCCGAGCUGCCCCAUCUCCCUGCCUUGGCCUGCUGGCACAUCCCCACCACCACCACGCCAUGGAGCCGGUGCCCCGACCGUAAGUGCCGCGCUGGCGCUGCCCGGUGCUUCCGCGCCACGCGGGGGGACCCUGCCUCCGCUCGCCACUGCGCCCGCCAAGGGGCUUCGCUGCGCGCCUGCCUCCGCCAGCCCACCCGCUCACCCGUCCUCCGGGACGCGCCCGCCGCGGCCGGCCGGUCUGUCUGUCUGUCUCUCCGUGUAUCUGGGAAGUGCUUCUGCUCGAGGUUGAUUUCCUCACGCUCCAUGACCCGUUGGCAGGUGUCUGCCAGAGCCCGCACCCCGGCCUGGACGUCUUUUUCCAGUCCCAACAAAGACCUCCCAGUGCCACUGGGCGAGCUCCUGAGCUGGGUCUCCGACAUCAGCAGGUCGUGGAUGGGCUCGAGGGGAGCCCCGGAGGCGGCAGCAGCUCGGCCGUGCUCACUGGCACAGUGUGGCUGGAUGUCCAUACCACUUCCCCUCAUCGCCGCCGUGGAGCCCGUCCCCCGCCCUGAGGCCGGUGGGACUGCACCUGAGGACACGGGGACGUUCUCCCUCACCCUUUGCACUUGCCAGAGUCCCCAGCCAGAGACCAGGGCCACAGUGCCCAAGCAGCCAAUGGCCCAAGAAGCACCCACAGGAUAUGCCUUGCUUACCCCACAACUCCCUGGCUCCCCUCCAAGGCCAGUAGCCUCUCCUAAAGCUCAUGAGGCCACCAAAAACCCUCUGAGCACAGCCCAGUCCCACAUCACGGGCUGGAAGCCCCUCACGCCCCCCACCCUCACACUGCUGGGGUCCAGCUCUGGUUCCUGGCAGCCCCGGGUCCGUCUGUCCCGGCUGUCACGGGCAGCUCCGGGUCCGUCUGUCCCGGCUGUCACAGCCAGGCAGCUCCGGGUCCUCCAGCUCCAGAGGGAGCCCGGCGCUGCUGGUGGCUGGUCCGGCUGGUGGGUGGCACUGGUGCCGGCGCUGUGGGUGCACGGCGCUGUGGGGGACCCCGGGAUCACCGGAGAGAGCGCGGAGGGGUCGCCGUGGGACGGGGAGGAGACGGAGAGAGCCUGCGUGCGGUCAGAGCAGAGACUGGAGGUGCAGGAGCAGCUGCUGGCCCUGCGGCACUGGCUGGACGCCGUGGAGAAGCGGCUGCUGGCGCUGCCGGAGCCUGGCACGGCCCUGCAGGUGCUGGUGCCUGUGCCAGUACAGGUGCCAGUGUCGGUACAGGUGUUGGUGCAGGUACUGGUGCCGGUGCUACUCUCGGUACAGGUGCCAGUGCCAGUACAGGUGUCGGUGCUGGUGUCAGUACAGGUGCUGGUGUUGGUACAGGUGUCGAUACAGGUGCUGGUUCUGGUGCAGGUACUGGUGCCGGUGCUGGUGUCGGUACAGGUGCCAGUGCCUGUGCAGGUGUUGGUACCGGUGUCGGUGUCAGUGCAGGUGCUGGUUCUGGUGCAGGUGCUGGUGCCGGCGCUGCUCUCGGUACAGAUGCCGGUGUCAGUACAGGUGUCAGCACAGGUGCCAGUAUCAGUACAGGUGCUGGUGCCAGUGUCAGCACAGGUGUCGGUGUCAGUACAGGUGCCGGUGUCAGUAGAGGUGUCAGUGCAGGUGCUGGUUCUGGUGCAGGUACUGGUGCCGGUGCUGGUGUCGGUACAGGUGCCGGUGCCAGUACAGGUGCCAGUGUCCGUACAGGUGUUGGUACAGGUGUCGGUGUCAGUACAGGUGCUGGUGUUGGUACAGGUGUCGGUGUCAGUGCAGGUGCUGGUUCUGGUACAGGUACUGGUGCCGGCGCUGCUCUCGGUACAGAUGCCGGUGCCGGGGCCAGCGCGGGGUGCGGGCUGCCGCCCCCCCGGGGCCAGCGCGGGGCGGGCGAUGGGCCGGCGCCGCCCCUCCCCCGCGGGAUGGCUGCGGGGCCCCGGGGGUUUCCCCGGCCCGGCUGGGAUCUCGGGGCUCGCAGCCCUGCGGCUGCACUGGGGCUGGGGUGGCCACCGUGGGAGGGUCCUGCCGGGUCACGCCGGGGAUUUAUGGCUGCGGCAGAGCUCGCAGGGCGGGAGGGGCCCCCUGCCCGUCCCCUGCCUGUCCCCUGCCCGCCCCCAGCCCUCACCCCCGUCCCCCGGGCAGAUGCUCCUCUCUCGCGGCUCCUCCUUAAUCCAACGGCACAAGGCGAUGCCGGGCGGGAGCAUCUGUCUGUCCGUGCCGAGACGCGUGGGACAGACCCCGGGCACUGCCGGGGGGUCCCUCGGGGUCCCCUCCCUCCGCCAGGCCCCGGUGACAGCCAGCGUCCCGCCUCCGUGUCCCGGCCGGGAUUUGAGGCGGGGGCCCGGCGCCCGCGCCAUGGGGAACUCGGUGAGCCGGCCCAGCUGCCUGGGCGAGAAGAGCCGGCGGCCGGAGCAGCUCCUGCGGGAGCCGGGGCUGGACGCGGGGCAGCCGGCGGCCGAAAGCGGCACGGAGGCCUGGCCGGCGCUGCUGGAGAAGGCGCCGGUGCCGGUGGAGAACGGCUGGAGCCCGGGGCCCGGGGCCGUGGCCGGCAGCCCGGUGCUGAGGCGCAGCCGGUCCGAGGUGGCGGUGCAGAACGGGGCUGCAGCUGCAGCUCCCGUCAGGGCGCAGGUGGGGGGCGCAGCCUGGACCCCCCCCCGAGCCAGCGUCCCCCGCAACACCUGGUCCUGGAAGCCUGUCACCACGCGGGAGGUGACGGAGGUGACGGAGGUGACGGAGACCAUCGUGACCGAGAUCGUGGAGGUGACCGAGUACCCGGCGGGGGAGAAGGGCGAGCCCGUGGUCACCCGCACGGUCACGGUGCUGACGGAGUGCGUGGGGGAGCUCGCUGCUGCCGCCUGCGCCGGACACACGGAUGCCGCUGAGGUGUCCUCACGGGCUGUCCCCGUCCCGGAGGAGGCAGCGGAGCGGGGCCAGGAGACGCUGGAGCGGCUGCUGGCCUGGGUGGCCGACAUGGAGGAGCUGGUGAGGAACCAGAAGCCGCCGUCGGCGGAGGCCAAGGUGGUGAAGGCGCAGCUGGAGGAGCAGAAGCUCCUGAAGCGCCUGCUGGAGGAACGGAGGCCGCGGGUGGAGCUCGUCCUGCAGGACAGGCUGGCGGCACAGGGCUCUGCCGAGGGCGGCCUCGGCGAGAGGUGGGACAAGCUGAUGCACGAGGCUGAAGCCAGGUACGGCUGCCUGGAGCGCAUCCUGCCCGCAGCCCAGGGCUUCCAGGAGGCCGUGGACGCCUUCCAGGAGUGGCUCGGUGCCACGGAGCGGCAGCUGGCCCAGCUCUGGCGCGCCGAUGGCUGCGUGGGCCGCGUGCAGGACGCCCACCAGCAGACCCAGGCCCUCUGUGAGGAGAUCCGCGGGCGGCUGGGAGAGCUGGAUGGCGCCCUGGAGAGCGGGCAGCGCGUCCUGGAGAUGGUGACAGGGGAGGAGGCCCAGCUGACCCAGGAGAAGAUGGAGUCGCUGAGGAUGCGGUACCUGAUCGUGGGCCAGAGCAGCGCUGACACCGCGCACCGCCUGGGGCAGACCCUGGAGGCCUCGUCCCGCCUGGGCACGGCCCCUGAGGACUUGGCACUGUGGCUGAGCCGCAUGGAGAAGGAGCUGGGCGAGCUGGAGAGCCAGCAGGACGGCCAGGAGCCCUCAGUCACGGCCAGCGACAGGGAGAAGUUUGAGCAGGUGCUGGACUCGCAGCUCGCCCGCGUGGCUGGGCUGGGCGAGCGGCUGGACGAGAUCGGCCGCGUACAGCUCGACGCCGAGGCGCUCCGCUCGCAGCUCUCCGAGCAGAAGCUGCUCUCCGCCGAGAUCCUGCACUGCCGGGGCCUGGCCGAGCGCCUGCUGGGCUUCUCGGAGCCGCUGCUGCGCUGCUGCCCCGAGCCCCUGCGGCUGCGCCUCCAGCCGUCGGUGCAGGCGCUGCGGGAGCGCACGGAGCAGCUGUCCCUGCGCAGCGGCGCCUGUGCCGUGCAGCUGGAGCACGCCCAGUCCCUGCUCGCCCAGUUCUCCGAGGCCCUGGAGGAGCUGCUGCCCUGGCUGGAGGAGACGCAGGCGCUGGGGGUGCAGCUCUCCCCCAACGCCAUCAGCUACGAGGCCUUCAAGGAGCAGCAGGCGCUGCUGCAGAGCCUGCGGGAGGCCAUCGCCGAGCACCGGCCGCUGGUGGGGAAGCUGCAGCGCGUGUCGGGGCAGCUGCUGGAGCUGAGCCCCGAGCAGGGAGCGCCGUUCCAGCGGCGCUGGCAGGAGCUGGACGAGCAGUACGGCCUGAUCCGAGAGCGUGUGCGCCAGGCCGCGGCUCUGCUGGAGGAUGCCCUGCCGCGGUACAGCCAGCUCUCGGAGCGCAUGGAUCUGCUGCUGGAGUGCCUGGAGCGGCUGCAGAGCCGGCUGCAGAGCCAGCCCCCCGUCCGCGGUGACACAGCGCACUUGAGGGAGCAGAUCCGCGAGAACAGCCUGGCCCUGGGCGAGCUGGAGAAGCUCGGGGUGGCCCUGGAGGGCAUCCGAGCCCAGGGCGAGGAGCUGCUGGCCGCCAUGCAGGGGCUCAGCUCCGACGCCGCGGCCAGAGGGAUCCAGGAGCGCACGGCACAGCUGCUGGAGCAGUGGGGCUCCCUGCGCGGCCGCUGCCAGGAGCGGGAGCGCUGGCUCCGGGAGCUGCUGGCGCUGGCCGAGCGCUUCUGGCACGGCCUGUCGGAGCUGGCCCUGGCACUCGGCGACACCCAGCAGCUCGUGCUGGGGCUGGAGGAGGCGGGGGGCGAGCCCGAGGCCAUCCGCACGCGGCUGCGCACCAUGCAGGCGCUGCGGGAGGACAUCGAUGCCCUGCAGGGCGAGCUGGACACGCUGGGCACUCUGGGCGUGGAGCUGAUGGCCUCGUGCGGGGACCCCGACAAGCCGGAUGUCACCAAGAGCCUGGACGAUCUCUACGCAUCCUGGCACGGCCUGAGCCGGGUGUGGACAGAGCGGAACGGGCGCCUCGAGGAGCAGCUCCAGGCCGCCCUCAGCUACCAGGACACCAUGCAGCGGCUGCUGGAGUGGCUGGACACGGCCGAGCUGCGCAUGGCCGAGGAGUUCCUGCUCGGAGGGGACCUGGACGUGGUGCAGCAGCAGCUGGCAGAGCUCAAGGAGUUCAAGCGCGAGCUGUACCAGUGCAAGGUGGACGUGGAGAGCCUGCGGCACCAGGCGGGCACCGGGCACCCCCCGGGCACGCUCGGCGACUUCCGGCAGCGCUGGGACCACCUGGAGGAGGAGAUGGUCAGCCGGCAGCACCAGCUGGAGGCGGCGCUGCUCGGCCUGGGGCAGUUCCAGCACCAGCUGCAGGAGCUGCUGCAGUGGCUGAGCCGCACCCGGGAGCGGCUGCAGGACCCCGCGCCCCUGCGCGCCGACCUGCAGGGCUGCGAGAUCGAGCUGGCCAAGCACCGGGUGCUCCGCACCGAUGUGAUGUCCCACGCCCGCACGGUGCAGUCGGUGACCGAGGCCGGGCAGGGGCUGCUGCUCGCCAGCCUGGGCGAUGGAGAGGAGGGGCUGCAGCGCAGCCUGCAGCAGCUGGGCCAGCACUGGGACCUGGUGCUGAGCCAGACCGAGAGCCGGCAGCUGGAGCUGGAGAACAACCUCAGCCAGGUACAGGACAUCACCCUGGAGAUCACCGAGCUGCUGCAGUGGCUGGACCAGGUGGAGCUGCAGCUCUUCUGCUCCAAGCCGGCCUGGGGCCACCCGGAUGCCACCAAAGAGAAGCUGAACGCACACCUGGAGCUGUGCCGGGAGCUGGACGCUCGGGCCGGGCCGUACCGGGCGCUGCGGGAGCGGCUGCAGCGCCUGCUGGACUCGUGCAGCGCCGGCCGGCCCUGCAGCACCGAGCACAGCCUGCGCCUGCUGGAGCACAAGUGGGAGAGCGUCCAGGCCGAGGCCCAGGAGAGGAAGGAGCGCCUGGCCGAGGGGCUGACAGUCAGCACCGAGUUCCACGGCUCGGCGCAGGAGCUGCUGCGCUGGGUGGCCCACGCCGAGGAGCUGCUGGGGUCCCCCGAGCCCCCCAGCUUCGUCCUGGACACCGUCACCGCCCAGAUCCAGGAGCACAAGGCCCUGGUGAAGGAGGCCAAUGCCCAGGGGGAGAAGCUGGCCAGCCUGGAGGCCGUGGCCGCGCGCCUCAAGGAUUUCAGCCGCAAGCAGGACGGGGCCGUCAUCCAGAACCUGGUGCUGGCGGCCCGGGAGCGCCUGGGCAAGGUCCUGCAGCGGGCGGCCGAGCGCGGGGCGGUGCUGGAGGAGGCCCGAAAACGCAGCAAGCAGUUCAGCGAGUCCCGGCGGCUGCUCCUGGACUGGAUGGACGAGGUGGAGCAGAGCCUGGAGGUGCCGCAGGACGCGGCCACCAGCCAGGAGGAGAUCAAGUGCCAGCUGGCUGAGCACAAGGCGUUCCAGAAGGUUCUGCGGGCCAAGCGGCCGGUGUACGAGGCCACGCUGCGCAGCGGGCGGGCGCUGCGGGAGGGAGCGCGGCUGCCCCAGGACCUGCAGCCGCUGGAGGAGCUGCUGGGGGAGCUGAAGGAGCGCUGGGACGGGCUGUGCAGCCAGGCCGCGGAGAGGCAGCACAAGCUGGAGGAGAGCCUGCUGUUCUCGGGCAAGUUCACAGACGCGCUGCAGGCGCUCAUGGACUGGCUGUACCGCGCCGAGCCGCAGCUCUGCGAGGACGCGCCCGUCGGCGGCGACCGCGACCUGGUCGGGGACCUCAUGGACAAGCACAAGGUGUUCCAGAAGGAGCUGGGCAAACGCGCGAGCUGCAUCCGCACCCUGAAGCGCUCGGUGCGGGACCUGACGCGGGGCAGCAGCAGCGUGGACUCGCAGUGGCUGCAGCGGCAGGUGGAGGAGCUGAGCACCCGCUGGGACCUGGUCUGCAAAAUGUCCCUGGGCAAGCAGGCCCGGCUGGAGGCGGCGCUGCGGCAGGCGGAGGAGUUCCACACGCUGGUGCACUCCUUCCUGGGCCGCCUGGGCGACUCGGAGAAGACGCUCAAGUACGGGGCGUUCCCCGAGGAGGAGGCGGCCGUGCAGGAGUGCCAGGCCCAGCUGCAGGAGCUGCUGCAGUCGCUGCAGUGCCAGCAGCUGGAGCUGGAGUGCAUCACCUCGCUGGGGGACGAGAUCCUCAGCAGCUGCCACCCCGACUCCGUCAUCACCAUCAAAUCCUGGGUCACGGUGGCCAAGAGCCGCUUCCAGGAGGUGCUGAGCUGGGCACAGCAGCAGGGCGAGCGGCUGCGGGCACAGGCGGCCGCGCUGGCGGCCGAGCGGGAGGAGACGGCGCGGCUGCUGGACUGGAUCACGGCGGCCGAGGAGGCGCUGGGGCUGCGGGACCAGGAGCCGCUGCCGGAGGAGGGAGAGCAGCUGGAGGAGCUCAGUGCGCAGCACGGGGUGUUCAUGGAGGAGCUGAACCGCAAGCAGCCCGACGUGGAGAAGGUCACCAAGAGCUGCAAGCGGAAACUCGCCGUGGAUCUGGGCCCCCCGGCCACCCGCAGACUGGCCACACGUCGCCGCAGCGGGGGGAAGGCGCAGGGCACGGCGGCGGUGCCGCUCGGGGGGCUGGAGCCGCAGACCCCGCUCAUGGCGCAGCUCCUGCACCGCUGGCAGCAGCUCUGGCUGCUCGCCCUGGACCGGCAGUACCGGCUGGAGACGGCGCUGCAGCGCCUGCGGGAGCUGGAGGAGUUCGCGCACUUCGAUUUCGGGGUGUGGAGGAAGCGCUACAUGCAGUGGAUCAGCCAGAUGAAAUCCCGAGUCCUGGACGUUUUCCGCGGCAUCGACCGGGACCAGGACGGGCGCAUCAGCCAGCGGGAAUUCAUCGAGAGCGUCCUGGCCUCCAAGUUCCCCACCAACGUGCUGGAGAUGAACGCCGUGGCCACCAUCUUCGACAUGAACGGCGACGGCUUCAUCGACUACUACGAGUUCGUCAGCGCCCUGCACCCCAACCGCGACCCGCUGCGCCGCUCCGCCGACGCCGACCAGAUCCAGGACGAGGUGAACAGGCAAGUGGCCCAGUGCAACUGUGCCAAGCGCUUCCAGGUGGAGCAGAUCAGCGCCAACAGGUACCGGUUCGGGGAGUCGCAGCAGCUGCGGAUGGUGCGGAUCCUGCGCAGCACCCUCAUGGUGCGGGUGGGCGGGGGCUGGAUCGCCCUGGACGAGUUCCUGGUCAAGAAUGACCCCUGCAGAGUGAAGGGCAGGACGAACCUGAAGAUCAACGAGAAGUACCUGUCCUCAGACGUCUUCGGAGCCGCCGCCGCCACCUCCAGGUGCGCCGGGACCCAGUCGGCCGCGUCCUCCAAAGUUCUGUCCCCGAGCCGCUCCAACUCCAGCCUCAGCCUCUACAGCAGCGCCUCGGCCCCCAGCAGCCCCCUGGCCAGGAAGUCGGUGCUGCGGAGGACGCGCUCCGGGGAUCGCUGUCCGCGCUCCCGGGGCUCGGGGCUGCCCGACGGAGCCGAGCUGCACUUCGGGCCGGCUGAGGAGAGCCUGGCAGCGGCACCGCCAGAGCCGCCCGAAGGGUCCCCUCCGGAGCGCUGCAGCCCCUGCCGCUGAGCCCCGAGCCCACCGUGCGCCCAGCAGCCUCGGCCGGCCCCACUCAGGACCCUCCUCCGCGAGGCUGGGGGGCGGCCGAGCCCCCCGCGGGUCUCGGGCCCGGCGCUGCGCCCCCCGGGCGGGGCUGAGCUGUCUGUCCGUCUGUCUGUCCGGGGCCCGUUCCAGAGGGUAUGCAAAUAUCUCCCGACUCUCAGCGGGCCCCCGGGCUCUGCUGUCCCUCCCCGCGGGCUGUGGGAGCAGGCCUCGGCCCGUGUCCCCAGCUCGGGGUGCCCGCGGUGCCCCCGGCACCUGGCGGUGCUGGCGGGGGUCCCCAUCCUGCUGGCUCGGUACCCGGGCACCGGGACCCCCGUUUCUGGUGCUAACCCUCCCCUCUCGGCCUUCGGUGUGUGCGCACGGGCCCCUCCCCAGCUCUGGCCACCCCUGGGGUGCACCCCCAGGUACGGGCCACGGAGCCAGCCCUGAAAUCCCCAACCCCCGGCACGGGCACUGAGCCCCACUGACCCUCGCCAGUCCCUGCCACGGCCGGGGGUCCCUGGGGCUGUGCCCCCACCCUGCCGGCGGCACUGUGGGCAGCGGGACCCCACCCUGCUGACACCUGCUCGUGUCACCAUGUCACCGUGCCACCGUGUCACCGUGCCGUGUCACCGUGCCACCCCGCUAACCGGACAGCAGUAGAGCUGAAUGUAACCCCGGCCGGGCCCACCCGCCGCCACAAUAAACUGUAGUGAGGUUCCUUUUCCUAUGA